AUGGGAAUUCCUUUCUACCCUUCUCUAUUCUCACCCUCGGAAGAGGAAGACACUGAUGCACGGUGGGAGGAAACCAAAGGACUACUCCAAACAAACCCUCAACUCCUUACGGUGGAGUUACUCUUGUCUAUCUUGAAACAACAAGCACCAGUACAUGUGGUGGAAUUUUUCCUACUAUCAUCCCAACCAACAUUGGAUCUGAUGCCCAAAGUAGGUCCGACUCCGCUCCAACUGGCCGCCGCGGAAGGUUGUUGCCCAAACGUGGUACAAUUGCUGAUUCGAGCUUGCCCCUGGGCCCUCUGUGUGACCAGUGUGGCAGAACCAGAGGAUCCACUCUCUUUGGCCAAAAAGUUUGGCCAAGAGGACUUGGUGAAAUUGCUGGAACGGCCAUUGGUGGAGUGGUUGGAGGAAUCAUCAUUACUGUCAUCGCCUCUAAAACAAACAACACUACUCCAAGGUUCCAGCACCAUCCUCCAGCAGCAGCAGCAACAAGAACAACAAGAAGAUUUGGCCAAUGUCAAACUUUUGUGCGCCCGCCUGUUGAAACGAAAUCAACAACUUUCAAAGGAAAUCAAGCUCUGUCAACAACAACAAGUCAUGUCCAUGGGGGUGGUGAUUCCAAAAUUAUCCUCCCAGCAAACGAUGACAACGGCGACUCGAGAGCAAAACAUGAACGACAGCGACAAGGCCACGAACACUAGAAUUGCCGAGUUGGAAAUUAGGUUGGAUAAGGAAGCGACCCUUCAUGAAAUGGUGAGAAAUGACUUGAAAGAGUGCAAACAAGGCAUGACGACGGUAAUGAUGAUGAUUAAACAACAUCAGCAACAACAAUACAUGUGGAAACAGCAAACCGCGCAAUCACAAAAGAAGGAAGAAGAAUCUAUCUUCCAGGAUGAUGAAAACAGCCCCCCUCCUACCUCUGACAGCAAUAAGAAGAAACAACAGCAUGAGAGUCAAAGGCUAACCAAUCGGCCCAGACGAAAAAGCGUUUGUCGACCAUUCAACUCGGUCAUGCUGAAAUGA